AUGGCCGAAGACCUGGAACCUUCGUCAUCAGAGAACGUCACUAUAGUUGCUGGAGAGUUUCCGAAUGCAGCGACCGUCUCUAGCCUCAAGUCCGAAGACUCAACAGAACAGUUAAUUUGCAAGACUCCACAAAAGGAGACGAAAGCGCCAAAGAAAAAAGAAUGCAGUGUGAGCUCGAAGAGUGUUGAGGCGGGGAGUGAUGAGGACGUUGGUGGAAAGAGACUUGUGGUGUUUUUGGGACUAUCUCAAGUGGUGCUGGGUGCUCUAUUGGUUGGUGCUGGUGCUCUAGCCGUGGUGAAGGGCGCAGCUCUGUCUAGAGUCGGGGCUGGCCUCUGGGCGGGAUGUAUAGCCGUCGUUGCUGGCGUUGUCGGCGUUCUCGCCGGUAUCAACGACUGCUAUGGAUUGAACAGAGCUGGUAACGGGAGUGGUCCACUGCUUACGGCGUUUCUGGCACUCUCUCUGCUCUGCCUGGCAUGUGGGAACAGUGCCGCAGUACUGGCGGCCACUGGUCUGCAGCGGGAUUCCUUGCGUGAACCCCCACCGCUGACAAGCUUUGAGGAUGAAAUGCAAGCUUGGACUCCAGUACUUACCAACAUAGCACUCCUCAUCAUUGCGACAGUGCAUUGCCUGAUAUGCAUUGUCAGCAUCUACCACCUGUCCAAGAGGGUCUGUCCAUGCUUCAGGCCCAAACAGGCCUACAACCACAACCAGUUCGACCCUGCCUUCAAGGUGCAGCAGUGCGUCAUGCACGUGGAUGAAAUCAAGAAGGUCCACGAUAUCGAAAAGAUGAGAAACCACGAGCUCUGUAAGGAGCUUGAAAUUAAGUUGCAGGGGGGGACGCUGAAGAAAAAGAAAAAGGCGGAAGCUGAGUUUGGUAGCGCGAACAGCAAGGAGAAGCUGGUGACGCACUGGUUAGGACGGCACCAGUCAGUCCUGGCGACCACCCGUCGCCGUCCUAAGGGUGUCAGGAAGCCCAGGAAAAUGGCGCCACCGCCCGUUGUACUGCUACCUGCACACCCGGCUAGCACGCUGGGCAGGAUGUCCGUGGGUGUGAUGCUGCCCCCUCGCUACGCUACUCUACCGCUGCCAGCGCCCUACGCACCUCCCGCCCCCCACGCUCCAGCGCCACUCUACUACCCGCUACACGAAGCCCGCGCUCGUCGACGGCGCUCGGCACUGGCGAGCCGUGAGAGGCGACGAACAGCUCGCGAGCGUGACUCGCUCACUCGCUCGCUCGAAAGGAUCCACCGCAAGCGGCGAGCAGAGCGCGAGCGGGUCACCGACGCCGACCUCAAGCGGACCUACACCGGACUCGACAGAGCGUACGCGGAGCAGUUCAUAGCGGUGUGUGACGAGAGCCGGCACGCGGCCGAGCAGCACGACUCGCUCGCCAGCACCGCCACCAGCGACACCGCACACUCGCGCGCCUCGCACUAA